UCUCUCCAUCCACUGCCUCUUUCUCUCCCUCUUCUCUUCAAAUCUCUCUCCCAUUUUCCUUCCCUCUCAGAACAGAAACAUGUCUCUCACAAUCCCCACCAACCUCUCGAAAUUCAACUCCUUCAAGCCCAAGUUGGGCAACUCCCAACCCUCCCUCAAACCCAGACCCUUUAUAAUCGUCUGCUCUGCAUCUUCUGAGAAAACCUCCGAUGCAUCGCCACUUCAGGCAUUCUCCGCCGCGCUCGCCCUCUCCUCCAUCCUCCUCUCCGCCCUGCUCCCCGCUGUCGCCGACAUCUCCGGCCUCACCCCCUGCAAGGAAUCCAAGCAGUUCGCCAAGAGUGAGAAGCAGCAGAUAAAGAAGCUUCAGUCGUCGCUGAAGAAUUACGCGCCGGACAGCGCACCGGCUCUGGCGAUCAAGGCGACAAUCGAGAAGACCAAGCGGAGGUUUGACAACUACGGGAAGCAGGGUCUUCUGUGCGGCUCGGACGGGCUGCCCCACCUGAUCGUGAACGGAGACCAGAGGCACUGGGGCGAGUUCAUUACGCCCGGGAUUUUGUUCCUGUACAUCGCGGGUUGGAUCGGGUGGGUUGGUCGGAGCUACCUGAUUGCAAUCCGGGAUGACAAGAAACCGACCCAGAAGGAGAUCAUCAUCGACAUGCCUCUCGCUACCAGGUUGGUGUUCAGAGGAUUCAGUUGGCCCGUCGCUGCCUACAGAGAGUUCUUGAACGGUGAGCUUGUCGCCAAGGACGUGUAGGCGUAAUAAUUUAAUGAAGCUGCGUGUAAUCUGAUUUUUCUCUCCUUUUUCUUUUUUUUCCUUUUAAAUUUUCUGUGGAAAUUACUAUGAAAAAUUAGAUUGAUGGUGUCUGUCACAUCUCCGUGCUUCAUUUGAUUUGUAUAUUCUCUUGGAAUGCCUGUGAAUUAGAGCGAAACUGAAGCUGAUCUUAAAUCAUGCAUGGUUUAUUGCCUUAAAA